CCGACUCCCGCCGCUUCCUCGUCGCCGCCCCUCCCCGCCAGCCCGAGGAACGCGGCCGGCCCGUGGGGCAGAGUGUCCGCGCCGCCGGGGACGGGCGCGGGCCGCGCCGCAGCCGGAGCGGGGCCGGGUCCCGCCGCUGCCUCCUUCCGCCGGCCGCGCCGCCGGCCAUGCAUUCUUCCGGCUCCUCCGGCUCCCGUAGCGCGGGCCGGGGCCCGGCCAGCCCUAGGCAGCCGCGAGGGCACUAAGGCUCCCGCUCGCGCCGCGCCUCGGCCGCCGCCGCGUCCAUGACCGCGACCCCUCGGCCGGGGACACCCGCCGCCACCUUCGCGCGCCCGGGGCCGCCGGUCCCCGGUCCCGCUCGCCCCCGCGCUCCACCUCUCGCCGUCCGAGCCCGCCGAGGCAGGACGGACUCCAGUGUGAGAAUGGCUGUGACUUUGGAAGAAGCUCCGUGGCUGGGCUGGAUCUUCGUGAAAGCCCUGAUGAGGUUUGCCUUCAUGGUUGCCAACAACCUGGUUGCGAUUCCAUCCUACGUCUGCUAUGUGAUUAUACUACAGCCCCUUCGAUUGCUGGACAAUAAGUGCUUCUGGUACAUUGAAGGAAUCAUAUAUAAAUGGCUUUUAGGCAUGGUGGCUUCUUGGGGAUGGUAUGCUGGAUAUACAGUGAUGGAAUGGGGCGACGAUAUUAAAGCCAUUUCCAAAGACGAAGCAGUAAUGUUGGUGAACCAUCAGGCAACCGGAGACGUGUGCACUCUGAUGAUGUGCCUCCAGGACAAAGGACGGGUUGUUUCUGAAAUGAUGUGGUUGAUGGAUCAUAUUUUUAGGUACACAAACUUUGGAAUUGUUUCUCUCAUUCACGGAGACUUCUUUAUAAGACAGGGAAAAUCUCACCGUGACCAACAACUACUUCUUCUUAAGAAGCACCUAGAAAACAAUUACAGGAGCAGAGAUCGAAAAUGGAUUGUCUUAUUUCCAGAAGGGGGCUUCCUCAGGAAGAGAAGAGAAACAAGCCAGGCAUUUGCCAAGAAAAAUAACCUGCCGUUUCUUCAACAUGUCACUCUGCCAAGGGUUGGAGCAACAAAAAUUAUUUUGAAUGCACUUGUGGCACAACAGGAAAAUGGGAGUCCAGCAGGAGGAGAUGCUGGGAAAUUAGACAGCAAAUCAAAAGGCCUCCAGUGGAUAAUAGAUACAACCAUAGCUUAUCCCGAAGCUAAACCCAUAGAUAUUCAAACCUGGAUCCUUGGAUACAGGAAACCAACAGUCACACAUGUACAUUACAGGAUCUUUCCAAUUAAAGAUGUACCCCUGGAGACUGAUGACCUUUCUGAUUGGCUCUACCAACGUUUUGUUGAAAAGGAAGACCUCUUAUCGCAUUUUUAUAAAACAGGGGCUUUUCCACCUCCCAAGGGCCACAAGGAAGCCGACUCCAGGGAGGUGACGCUCAGCAACGUGUGGAUCUUUCUCAUACAGUCGUUUGCGUUUUUGUCAGGCUACAUGUGGUACAGCGUCCUCCGGUAUUUGUACCACUGCCUGUUCUAGGACUUGGACUUGUCACAGUCACCAUAGGAAUCCAGACUUCCACCAGUGUGUAUUAUUUUACAUGUGCAAAUCAGAAUAGUAAACAAAAGCAAAGGAAAUUCCAUGGAUGGAUUAAUAUUUAUCCCCUUUGGGAUAUUUUAAAACUCUGCAAAAAGGAGGAUCAGUACUAUUAAGACCUGCUAGUAUGUUGUAAGGACUUUUCAUGUUUUAAAAACAUACACUCUACCACACAUUUAAGCGAACAUCACCUUUGGAGAAGAGGAGACCAUACGAUCACCCUAGAAGACUGAGAGGAAUUCUGCUGCCAGCAGAUACUCGGCCAUCCAGUUCGAGCUCAGCGAGCCGCGCCGUCCUCCUAGCCGGUGUCUCCGUUAGGGCAGAACUGUGGAGCGGCCUCACCCCCCAACGUCUGCUGAGUCACUGGCAAUCUCGAGGGGCGCUGGCUGGCACCUUCUGAAGACCUGCCGCCCUGUCGUUUGCCGUGACACUCCAGUCCUCGCCAGCUGAGUGAGGAGCAGGGUCAGGCAUGCUGCGGGGCGGGGAGCGGUGUCCGGCGGACACAUCCCUGUGCUGGAAUGUGCUCUUUCAAAAGGCUCGCUCAGUCCGUGUUUACAUGCGCUAGUGCUUUCCCGUGUGGGGGGUGGGCACUCGGUUUCUCCUUUUGUACAGAAGGUAUAUUGUGGAUUGACCAUUGUUUCCUACAGAGUGCACUUUUAUCAGAUGCAUCUAUAGCACGGGACUGGGAUACAGCCUGAACACAGAUGUAAGCGUAAUCAGGGAGUGGGCUUCUCGAGAGGCUGUCUCGUCCACGUGUCUUACCCGUGCGCGCGCGCUCGCCCGUGCUAGCCCGCGCCGGGUGCCCCGCCCCGCUGAGACUUCUGUCUGGCUCAGAGGCUUUGUUUGAUUUUAAUUUUGGUAUAUUAGCACCACCUGCAUUUGGGGAUGGUUGAAACAAAUGAAUGCAAAAUAUUUAAAUGAUCAAUAUAUGGUGAAAUAGGCUAAUUUAUUAGAAAAAUAAGAGCUACAGCCAGGCUUACACUGGUGACAGGUUGCACAUGGCACCCCCAGAACCUGUCACAUCGAGGAGCUGCCUGUGUCGGGGUGGUGUGACCAGGAAAGAGACCAGCACACGAGGCUUCGCAGUCUCUUCCAGUCGCUUUUGGAGAAGAUAAAGUGAAGUAUCUAUUCUAGAAGGCAUUUUUUUUUAUUUGUCACUAUGUUCAUACAGUUUACCUCGCAGUAGAACCAAACUCUUCUCAAAAAGUGCGGGCACCUCCUCGUGCGUCGCCCGCACUCCCUGCGCGGAGGCAGAGCAUGUUCUUGGUCCAGGGUCCUAAGACUCUCAGAUCCUGGUGCGUCGGUGGCAGUUUUCUGUGACGUGAGCAGCGUAGGGUCCACCUGUGUCGCUAAUCAUACAAACGACAGUUCUGAGAAGGAGGCUGAAAAGUAAAAGGCUGACGUCUUUUGUUUUUAAAUAAACCAAAAAAAAAAACCCCUGAGAAGAUAGAAGGUCCUUCUCAAUCGUGUGGGAAAGGCAGAGCCACACCAAAUUCAGGCCCACCGCGGCGUCAGCUCCGGGUGCGUCCGCCGCACGUGUGCGGAGAGCGGCGCGUCCGCGGGAAUACCUCAGUGACCACAGGGCUGCUGCUAGGAGGCGGGAGCCCGCGUCCCUGUGUGCGGCUCGGGAACCGGUGUCGCAGGUGCCACGCCUUUGCAAGCUGAGCAUUUCAUUAUGUGUUUUGCAGUGAUGGUGAGUAGGUGAAACCAACCCCAACUUAGAAGUGCAGAUAAUGUUAGGAAGCCAGACAGAAGCUUAAACACACUUCUGUUGGAGGUCCAGCAAACGCUGCUGGACUCCAGGAUGAAGUGGAGUUGUUCAUUUGAGGGGUUAGUCAGCCAUCUGGGGGAUGGUUGCUCGCUGUCGAGCGUGGCAGACACAGUCCUAAGCUGUCAGACCUUCUCGUUGCUAAAGCCAGCCACAGGCAGAGCGGCCAGUCCUCCCGUCAGAAGCGGCGACAAGUGCGCCUGCGCACACAGGCGGGGCGGGGCCCCUUGGCCGUCACUGUGCUCCAAAGGAACGUGAUGUCGUUUAACACACUGUACACAUUCAACAGGCUGUUCUUGAAGAUGCUUUACUCUUCAAGUGCAGCCAUUUCAGCAGCCUCUAGAGUGACAAAUACCAGUAGAUGUGUGCGUCAGUUUUUGCACAUAGAUCUGUGAGUUGUAAAUAGAUGUGUUUGGUCUGCCCUGCCCGCUUUGAUGCUUUACCGACAUGUUCCCCCUUCUGUUUGAGAGCAUUGCCAGCGCUUUCCUCCCUAGAAACGGGGGUCCUCUGGCUUGUACUGGGGAAUGUGAAGAGAGAAUCAGUGUUCUCACGCGGCCGCCAGGGAAGCAGCAGGAUGCCACUGUACGGAGCUGAAUAAAAACUCCUGCCCUGUCCUUCUUUGCAACAAGAGAUGGGAGGAGUCUAGGGAAUAUCCAUUUGGUCAAGUGGAAAGAAAAUAGCACUGUGCCAGUUUUAUACCCGUAGCUUUUAGAAUCUCCGCUGUCCUGCCUGGAGUCCCACAGCAGAGGGGUUUGCAAACUCCCCGCGGGCUCCUGGAGCCCAGUGGCGGACAUCUGCCCGGCCUCAGGCGGGGGCAGGGACUACGGAAGUGACCAUCCCAAAGGUCACACUUGACUUCAGGAAUUACCACUGGUGUUCAAAUGUAUGACAUUGUAGAGAAGCCUGUAGGCCAGCGGGAGGUAAGUAGAAAUUGCAGAGUGGGAAUGAUGUCUUGGGUAGUCAUGCCAACUAGUUGAGAAUCUAAAUCAUAGAGGUUUUCUUUUUUUUAAAGAUAACUCUGAUUUCAGAUCUGUCUUGUUAUCUGUCAUAUUUUAAAAUUACAACCAACCCUUAAUUUUCUACAGUAAAGGAACUAGAGAUUACUGAGUAAUUAUUCCAGUAAUAAGUCAUAUUAUCUAAAUAUGAAGCCAAAAAUCGAAAUAUGUUCAGGAGUUUGAAUAUUUAUUCUCAUCACACUUUUUUUUCUUCCUGGAUGCUUACUAACUUAAAAAAGUGAUUUGAGUUGUUUAUUAGUUUCUAUUGCUUUUUUUUUCUUUGAAUGAAUAGUGGAAAGAUUUGGAAAGACAGCUUCAGGAAGAAGAAACACAAAAACCUAAAUAAUGCAUAGUCUUAAAAAGGAAUUCCUAAUAAUCAAGAGUUGGCAGUAUUGCAGUUCUCAAGCGUUUUUAUGAAAACAAAACAUUAAAUCACCAAAUGUAAACCUCAGAACGUCACUCGAGUGCUCAUGUUGUGCAGGUCAGUGUUAAGAAUGCCUCUUCAUUCUUUGCUCACGUUCCUCUCACUUCUAGUGAAUUCGUCUUAGUGAUGUUUUCUGACAAUCACUUCCCUAAAGACUCCUGAACUAGUGGGACCUGGUUAUAAUCAUAGAACGUAGCCUUUAAUCAUGGAUAUUUUUAUUGGAUUCCUUUUGUAUUUAAGAAAAUUUUAUUUGCACUACUGCACGGGAAGAAGAGUUAGUUAUCUUAUCCAUGACACAGGACUCACUCCAGAGUUACCAAUACUGGCAGAGCAGCUCUGGUCCACAAAGGACGCAUGAGCAAGGCUAGUCUCAUUUGUUGCCACGUAGGGCUGUGAGCCAAGCUUCUGGUGACAGGAACAGCAAAGUCAGAAGCAGCACGGGGCAGCAGGAAUCCUGGCUCACUGUAUGAGGGGAAAUAAACUAACGUGUUUGGGACCAAAACCACCUGAGUCGGACAUUUCUGAUCACGGGGAGCCGGCAUUCUCUGGAGCAGUCUCUGGACGGUGCUUCGUGGCGCUCCUCUCACAUCCAUCCCCCGCACGUACGAACUGGACCCUGGGCGCGAACCUCGGGUGCAAACCUUGGGUGCGGACCUGUCGGGGAAGCGUGGCUGUGGCCAAUGGAAGAUAAAAGGUGUUUUUCUGCAAAAUUUCCAUUGGAGGAUUUUUACAUUUAAUAUUUUUUUAAAACAGUUUAAAGAGCAAAAAAAAAAAUAAAUUAAGUGUAUUCUAGUUGCAGAAUAUGCACACAUAUUUUGAAUGGCUUUAUUUUUAUUGUGUAAAACUGUUGAACACACACACGUCCGUGAUGCACAUAUUCUUUACACGUGAGGAGUCUGUGCAUUUCACAGGGACUUCUGUUCUGACUGGGUAAUGAAACAGUUACACAUCGGACUGCCGUGGUUGUGUUAAGUGCUCUCUUUUUCUUUACAGUUAUCACGAAGUUGUAUUUAUUUUAUACAGGUGGAUUUCUGUUUCCCUGAUGCCAUAAUGUUUACUUCAGCUCGAUGGCCUGUCUCACUCUGUGUCUCUGCAUGUUGUGACGUAUGAUGAGAAUGAGUGUAAGGGCUGUGGCAACUGUACCUUUUGUGAAGGGCUGGUCACACGUGGAUCUGGUUUGUGAAUGCAUCGGGGUUAUUUCAGUAACCAGAUUACCUUUUCAGAGAUUGAGAUGUGAACACCAAAAGAAGCAUUUUCUCAACAAAAAAAAAAUUAAUAGCUGGUUCUAUUUUUUUUACCCUAGAAAAAAUAAAGUUGAUUUUUUUCAAGUAAAGUGCUUUUAAUUCUUAGUGGGGGUGGGUGUUUGUAUUUCGUUGGAGCCGUCUGACAUGAACACUGUAGAUGUACAUGCAUGUAGAAUAUGCCGUGGCAGUCGGAUGCUGAGGGCAGACUGGAAAACCAAAUGAAAAUCGUUCUUCUUCCUUUGGUUUUAAACUCUCUCCCCCUCCCCCUUCCCUGUUCUUCCCAUCUGGUGGUAUACUGGUAAAUGUUUCACAAUCUGUUCUUCUGGGGGAAAAAAAUUGUAUACAAGUGUACAUGUCAUAAAUUUUGAUGAUAGCGAGGAUUUUAUAACACAAUGAACAGAUAAUAGUAAAACGUACUUUAUUGUAAAUUCCACAUAGCCAAUUAAUUCUCCCAGGGUGCUACAAUUGAUUUUUGCUGAACUCUUUGGCCAACUUAUGAAUGUUUUCCAACCAUGAUUUGAAAAAUGGAACUAUAUCCUAAUCCACUCAUUUCUCACAUUUGUCAUUCAGUCUAAUAUGUGAUCUACUGUUAAGCUAUUUCUUAGCCUUGUACAAAUUAUACUCUUCUAAGUGAACCAGUUUUAGCUUCAGCACCAAUGGGAAGCAUAUAUAAUUUAAUCUUAAUAGCAGCCAUUUAACAACUACCGGCAAAACUCUAAAACUUAAACAGUCGGCUUUCUUGCUGGAGCUGGUAGGAGAUGUCUUCGGCACACCACUGCCCAGUUCUGUGUUACUGGUUUUGUUCUGUUUUGCUUCUUAAGCUGUUAGUGUUGAAUAAACUUCUCACAGUUCAUUUACUCACUGCUCUUGGGAAAUUCCUAUCUGUGACCUGGCAAAGGGGCUUUGAAGGGUAGGAAAGCGUUAACAUCAGUUCUGCAGAGCGGGCUCUGGAUCUUUGAAGAACGGGACAAAGAGCACCUUUUCCCGAACUGCAUGUAAAGUUUGCGUAUCUUAAAAGUUGGUUCUGCGCUUUCAUUUUUCAAAGUAAACUGUGAUACAGGCAUCUCUCAGAUUUUGUUUUGAGCAUUUAAAAUGCAUUUUGUUUCUGCAUCUGUAGACUAUAUUCCAUCCCACUGAAGAUUUUUAAAUGUAUGAAAACAUCGUGCACAGUCUACAGAAUGAGUUCCGUAGUUACAGUUCAGUCUACCUCUUCUCUUUCCCAUCUGGGUUUCGGCCGCUGGUCUGGUGAAGCUGUCAUUUCUUCCCCUAGAAGUGGAUUCUGUGGAGGACGAAGGAUAAACAGGGCGGAGGCCCGCGAGCUCGUUUGAAUCAGAGAUCUAUUGCUGACCAGCCCUAUUCCUCAUGAGUUUGGGGUAGGGGGAAAGCCAUUGUUUUUAAUUUUCACUUAAUACGAAAGUGUCUGUUUUAAAAAUGUUUCUUCCUGCUGGAAAAAAAAUGUAUUUUUAAAAGGGAAAAUAUUUCUCUUUUGGCUAUAAGAAAAAGUCAGCUGUAUGAGCAGGUGUGACCAUAUCAUAACAUGCUGAUAUGAUAUAAAUCAAUAAAUUUUUACCUCUCA